CUAAUUUCCGCUAAUGAAUUUCGUCAUGGUAGGCGUUAAAGACUCUUAUUUUGAAAUGACAGUGGUACGCAUGCGCAGCUUGUGUUGUGUAAAGCACCGUGUGCGAAUCAUCACUGCUGUCUGUCACUGGGAAUAGUCUUACAUUAAUUGGUAAGGUCAUGCACACAGUUAAUUCUUACUGAAAUAACAAAUCCCAGAAAAGUCUUUACCGGUCUAAAUGUUUAGACUGGGCCAAUGUUAAAGUAGGUGGUUUAGUGUGUUGAUCUGCGGUAAGGGAGCAGUUAUGAGCCCCAGCCAGGGCUCCCCUGUCCCCCUGACCCUCACCAGCAGCCUGCAGAGACUCUUCAGUCAUGUGAAGAUCGAGAAUCUAAUAGCAGGACUCAGUGGAGGAGUGGUGUCCACACUAGUGCUGCAUCCUCUGGACCUGGUCAAAAUUAGGUUUGCAGUGAGUGAUGGUUUGGAUGUGAGACCGAAGUACAAUGGAAUUCUGCACUGCAUGAAAAGCAUCUGGCAGCAGGAGGGUCUCCGGGGCCUUUAUCAAGGUGUCACCCCAAAUAUCUGGGGUGCUGGAGCGUCAUGGGGGCUAUACUUUUUCUUUUACAAUGCAAUCAAAGCAUACAACAAAGAAGGCAGACAAACAGAGCUAAGUGCCACUGAACAUCUGCUGUCAGCAGCAGGAGCAGGGGCGAUGACGCUUUGCCUGACUAAUCCGAUCUGGGUCACCAAAACUCGCCUGGUUCUGCAGUACAGCGCAGAUCCAUCUAAGAAGCAGUACAAGGGGAUGAUGAAUGCUCUUGUGAAAAUCUACCACCAUGAAGGGAUCGCAGGACUCUAUCGGGGGUUCGUCCCGGGAUUGUUUGGAACCUCCCAUGGUGCACUGCAGUUCAUGGCAUAUGAAGAGCUGAAGAGAGAUUAUAACAAAUACAGAAAGAUGCAAUCAGAUGCUAAACUGAAUGCAUUAGAAUACAUUACCAUGGCAGCUUUGUCCAAAAUAUUCGCAGUGGCUAUGACAUACCCAUAUCAGGUGGUCCGAGCCCGUCUGCAAGAUCAGCACAACACGUAUGAUGGAGUGGUAGAUGUCAUCCACAGAACGUUUAGAAACGAGGGUCUGUUGGGUUUCUACAAAGGCAUGGUGCCCAACCUGAUCCGAGUCACUCCGGCCUGCUGCAUUACCUUCGUGGUCUAUGAGAAUGUUUCCAGCUUCCUCCUGGACCAGGACAAGUGAACUGAGAACAGGAAUAAGUGCAGUGGAGCCGUCCUGCAGGGAGCAGAGCAGCCUGGGAUGGGACGUCCCAUCAGCGACAGUGUUUAACGCCAAUGGAGGAGUCCGAGAUGUGAAUAGAGAGAAAUAAUACAUCCUGGUCUUCUCUGGAGAACUGAAAUGCAUGAUUUUACCGAGUUCAAAGUGUCUAACAGAAUCACAUCUGAUACUAGUUUGGUUUCUCUUGAACACUGGUGACAUUAUGGUGAAUAUGGACAUGAGGGAUAUAUAUUAUGUGACCAUUUUUAAGUGGCUGUUAAUUAUGUUCACAUGCAGGCUGUUAAUUUCAGUUUGUUUUUUGUCUAAUUAAAAAUUGUACAAACAAACAAGGUUUUAACCUUUUAUCAAGAUCUAAAGAUAAAUUAUGUAACUAGGGCUGGGCAGUAUAUGAAAUAUCCAUAUUGUUAAUUCACUGGUAAUAUAAAAUGAAGCAACAUUGUGAAUAUUGAAA